AGAUGUGACAGAUGAUGGUGUCUAAACGGUUCAUCUUUGGCUUGAUAAGCCUUCAUAUGAUGAUGGGUUGCACUGGUGGUAACGAAAUGUGUAAGGCCUCAAUCGGUGGUCGUAGAGGGGCGUGUCACCCUUCUUGGAUCCAGUGGGGUGGCAAAUGCUACAAAGCCAUCACCGAGAGCCUGACAUGGUUUGAGGCUAAAGAGAGGUGCCUCAAGAUGGGAAAUUUCUUGGUCGUGCCACAGUCUCAGGAGGAAACCGAUUUCCUCAUGCUUCUAGUACCAGAGACAUCCAAGUUUUGGAUCAAUUGCAAUGAUCUUGAAGAAGAAGGUAAUUGGAAGUGCCUGGAUGGUACUAACGAGGUUGAGUACAGGAAUUGGCUACCUGUCGGAGGCCAACCUGAUAACACGGGAGGUAAUGAGCACUGCGCUCAGGUACAUCCAAAUGGGAAAUGGAAUGAUUUGCCAUGUGGUAGAAAACUCCCUGCCAUAUGCAUGCAACCUGCACCACAGCUGCACUUUUAA